AUGAGCUACUGGCAGCAUGACUGGUGUGAGGCUGCAGGCUUUGGUGGUGUUGCUCAGUGGUCUGCCUUCCAGUGUGAGCAAAGGCUGUAUGAGCAGGAUGGCUUCAUCUUACAGAGGGUUUUGGUGCAAGCAGCAGGCUCUGCUCCCAAAGGAACACAGAUGCAGCAGAUCUCUGUCCCCAGAGUGCAGCAGGUUCCACAACAGGUACAGUCAGUGCAGCAUGUUUAUCCAUCCCAAGUCCAGUAUGUGGAAGGAGGAGAAGCUGUUUACACCAAUGGAACCAUCCGAGCCACCUACUCCUACAACAGCGAGGCUCAGCUCUACGCCCCCAGCAGCGCUGCCUCCUACUUCGACGCUCAGGGAGGUGGAGGAGCUCAGGUGACUACAGCGACAUCCUCUCCUACAGCCAUUCCCUCUCACAACAUGGUGGGCAUCACCAUGGACAUUGGGGGAAAUCAGAUCCUCUCCAGCUCAGGAGCCUAUCUCAUUCAUGGGGGGAUGGAAAACACUAGACAUUCUCUGUCACAUACUUCACGCUCCUCUCCAGCAACGCUUGAAAUGGCGAUUGAAAACCUCCAAAAAAAUGAAGGGAUCACAUCACACAAAAGCAGUUUGCUCAACAGCCAUCUCCAGUGGUUGUUGGACAACUAUGAGACAGCGGAAGGUGUCAGCCUUCCCAGGAGCUCUCUCUACAACCAUUACCUGAGGCACUGCCAGGAGCACAAACUGGACCCAGUGAACGCUGCCUCCUUCGGCAAGCUGAUCCGGUCGGUGUUCAUGGGGCUGAGGACUCGCCGCCUGGGAACCAGGGGGAACUCCAAAUACCAUUACUAUGGGAUCCGCCUGAAGCCCGAGUCGCCGCUGAACCGCCUGCAGGAGGACACCCAGUACAUGGCCAUGAGGCAGCAGCCCAUCCACCAGAAGCAGAGGUACAGACCAGCUCAGAAGAUGGAUGGGGUGGCUGAGAGUGGCUCCAACAGCAACCUGCACACUACCCCUGAGCAAUCAGUCGCGGCUCAAAGUCAGCACCAUCAGCAAUUCAUAGAUGUAACCCAUGUCUUCCCUGAGUUCCCAGCCCCUGAUCUGGGGAAUGUUCUGGUCCAGGAAGGGGUCACCAUGAACGAUGUGAAGACUCUGCAGCUUCUUUACAGGAGGCACUGCGAGGCGACUUCAGAUGUUGUCAUGAAUCUUCAGUUCCAUUACAUUGAGAAACUGUGGCAAUCCUUCUGGAAUCCUAAAACACCAUCUAGUGAUGGCUCUGCAGCCCUGCCAGCCAGUGAAGAAGAACACGAAGGGACCCUCCCAAAAGACAAGCUGAUUGCUCUGUGCAAGUAUGAACCCAUCCUAAAAUGGAUGAGAAGCUGUGAUCACAUCUUGUACCAGGCCCUGGUGGAGAUCCUCAUCCCAGACGUGCUCAGGCCAGUGCCCAGCACCCUGACACAAGCCAUCCGGAACUUUGCUAAGAGCCUGGAGGGGUGGCUGAUGAAUGCCAUGAGUGAAUUCCCACCCCAGGUCGUGCAGAUCAAGGUGGGGGUGGUGAGUGCCUUUGCACAGACCCUGAGGAGAUACACCUCCCUCAACCACCUGGCCCAGGCUGCCCGUGCCGUGCUGCAGAACACCUCCCAGAUCAACCAGAUGCUCAGCGACCUCAACCGUGUCGACUUCGCCAACGUGCAGGAGCAAGCCUCAUGGGUGUGCCAGUGUGAGGAAGGCAUGGUGCAGAAGCUGGAGCAGGAUUUCAAGCUCACCCUGCAGCAGCAGAGCUCUCUGGACCAGUGGGCCAGCUGGCUGGAUAACGUUGUCACUCAAGUCCUGAAGCACCACGAGGGCAGUCCCAGCUUCCCCAAGGCAGCCAGGCAGUUCCUGCUGAAGUGGUCUUUCUACAGCUCCAUGGUGAUUCGCGACCUGACCCUGCGCAGCGCUGCCAGCUUCGGCUCCUUCCACCUGAUCCGCCUGCUCUACGACGAGUACAUGUUCUACCUGGUGGAGCACCGCGUGGCGCAGGCCACCGGCGAGACCCCCAUCGCCGUCAUGGGAGAGUUCGGUGACCUCACGUCCCUGUCCCCAACGCUGCUGGACAAAGAUGACAUCAGCGACCUGGGCAGCGAAGUGGAGGUGGAGCCGCGGAGCACGGGGGAGCCGCUGGUGAAACGAGAGCGCAGCGACCCUGGGCACUCGCUGCAGGAGAUCUGA